UUGUCUUUGGUUCGUUGUUUUGUUGCCAAAAGGUUGUUGACCUGUCAAUUUAAUAUAACAUUUUUUGAUUAUCGUAUUUAAUAUUGUAUCAAUCGUUAAUAGCCAUUAAAUGUUCAUUUCGUCCAUAUAUCUAGUCACUCUUUUAUAAAUUACAAUGAAGAUUGCUAUAGAAGGAUGUGCCCACGGUGAACUUGAAAAAAUAUACGAAUGUGUUGAAACUAUCCAAGAAAGGGAGGGAAUUAAGAUUGAUUUAUUAAUUUGCUGUGGGGACUUUCAGUCUGUUCGCAACAAUGACGAUUUACGAGCUAUGGCUGUACCUGAAAAAUAUCAAAAUAUUUGUACAUUUUACAAGUACUACAGUGGUGAGAAAGAGGCCCCUGUUCUGACUAUUUUUAUUGGUGGCAAUCAUGAAGCAUCAAAUUAUUUACAAGAAUUGCCUUAUGGUGGCUGGGUUGCACCUAAUAUCUAUUACAUAGGAAGAGCUGGUGUGGUAAAAUAUGGAAAUUUAAGAAUAGCAGGUGUGUCAGGUAUUUUCAAGGGACAUGACUACUUGCAAGGUCUUUGGGAGAGUCCUCCUUAUUCACAGAAUUCAUUACGCUCAGUAUAUCACAUUAGAUCUCUAGAUGUUUUCCGACUUAGUCAGCUUAAGGAACCAGUCAAUGUCAUGUUAUCACAUGACUGGCCAAGAGGAAUCACUGAUUAUGGAAAUAAGGAUAACUUGUUAAGAAGAAAACCAUUCUUAAGGGAGGACAUUGAAUCAAACCAUUUAGGUAGCCCACCAGCAGAAAGGCUUUUACAUUUGCUCAAACCAGAUUAUUGGUUCGCUGCUCACUUGCAUUGCCAAUUUGCAGCCCUCGUACAACAUGAAGAAGGUGAAACAAAAUUUCUGGCUCUAGACAAAUGUUUGCCAAAGAGAAGACAUUUACAAAUAUUGGACCUACCUCCCACAUAUGAUGGGGACAAAACAUUAAAAUAUGAUGUAGAAUGGUUGACUAUUUUGAAAGACACAAACCAUUUGCUAAGCGUCAAAAAUAUUAACUGUCAUAUGCCAGGUCCAGGUGGUAAUGAGAGAUAUGAAUUUAGUCCCACUGAAGAAGAGAUGAAAAAAACAUUAGAAGUAAUGGGAUCUUUAACAAUAACAAAUGAAUCAUUUGUCAGAACAGCCCCGAUUUACAAACCAGGAGCCCCAAAGAGUUCAAUAAUUGAGCCCAUUGAGAAUCCUCAGACUGUCUACCUAUGUGAAAAACUAGGCAUUGAUGAUCCUUUACAAGUUGUGCUAGCGCGAACAGGACGGACUAUGAAACCAGUGUGUGUUAAGGAAAGUACAUUAAUUGAUGAAUCAAUUACAUGUAAUGAUGAGAACACAGUACCUCAAACACCUAUGAAAUCUUUCAAAUUAUCCCUACCUGCACCAGUUACACCUUCUCUUAAUGAAGAUUUGUCUCAAACAGAUUCAAUUUGUACUCCAAAUCAUACAAAAUCUGACAAUUUAGAUGAUACACAAGAAAAUUUAUCUACUCCACCUUCAAUUAAAAAAAUAUUUAAACGAAGGAACUUAGCACUGUACACACCAGAAGCCGAUGAAGAUGUUAGUACUUCUACAAGCUCAGUGGGAGAAUCUGAGAGUCCUCGCACAAGUAAACUGCCUUGUAGAAUAAAUAUGUAGAUAAUUUAGUAUAAUUUUUAACCAUACAAUUACUUGAUAGUAAUUUAGGCAAAGUAUAAUACAUAAGUAAUUUCAUUUGUAAGAAAUCACUAGAAAACAGUAAAUAAUAUAAUAGAUGAUAUUUGUAAAUAAACAUUUUAGCAUAUUCAAACAAUGCAUAAUAAA